CCUUCAGAGGGCCGUGUAUGCGCGUGUGAGGGAGCGUGAUGAGUUCAGAUCAUCCCGAAAGCCACGGCGGCGGUGGUUUCAUCUACGCACUCAUGUACUGCAAGUUUGACCAGGAGAAGGGACCGAGAAUCGUGUGCACAGACCCCCCGGGGUGACCACAACGCACCCACCAACACAUCGGGAUGAAUGCUUCCAUUUUUCCUGUGCUGUAUGUUGGUGUUGGUGGUGGGUCAGUGUGUUCGAGGGUCAGUUCCACCUGAUAUCAAAGUACUUCCUCCCCAACCGCGAGAUCAACGGCAAAGUCAUCUCAAUGUAUGCUGCACACACACAAACGGACACAGACAUGUGCACCCAAUCGGGAGCAGCCGACACACUGUUUUGUGUGUGUGUGUGUGUGUGAUGUGUAGGCGAUUGGACCACUGGCGUGUGAUGGGUGUGCCGAUGCAGAUAGAGGGCCACACGUACUCGAGGAACAACUUCCAGUACGUCCUCUGCCUCAUCGUCGACGCCACCGAGAAGGCCAUACACGUGUUCCGAUCCAUCGCCAUACACAUCGCCGCCAUCUUCCACUCUCUUGAGGUGGGGGGGGUGAAUGACAGACAGACAGACAGACAGACAGACCACGUGCAGGAAUGUCUGUCUGUCUGUGUGUGUGUGCCAUCCAUCCCAUGUUGUUUGUUGUGCAGACUGAGGUGAGUUUUCUGUCGCAGAUCGAGAAUGAGGAUUGGAUCGGCCGGACGCUGCACACGCUGAGGCGGCAGCUCAACAGCCACAGGCAGGGAGAGCCCACCAUUUGCCACCUGCACAUUGGUACGGACACACACAUUGACUUGGCAAACACUCGUGCAGUGCGUGGAGUGCGUGAGCCCAUUGAUCCCUUGCCGAUCCUCAGACUCAUGGAACAACGUUUGCUUCGUGGCCCGCCCCACACACGAAGCGCCGCAGGACAUAUCCAUCGCUCAAGUGCGUGAGCGCGCCGCCAAAACACUCACGCACAGAGGACAUCCCGUGUGGCAUUCAUUCUGUUCAGGUGCCCUUGCCGCUGGUGGAGCUGACGCAGCUGGUGUGUGGCGGCGGGCAGAUGGGCAGCAUGCACCUCGACCUCGACCUCACCCUCAUGCAAGUCAGUGGAAACAAAUGUGUAUGGAGCCAACUAACUAACAGCUGUGUGUGGAAUGCCUGGCCUGGCAGGUUCUUCCCUUCAUCGACGGGAUGGCGUCGGUCCGGGACAUUGCACGUACGUACGUGAGUGACCUAACUGACCAACUCACGAAUGAGCUCAUGCGUCAGUCAGUCAGUCAGUCAUUUGUGUCUGCGUGUCUGUCUGCACUCACUGCCCGGCAGGUCGGUGUCAGGUGGAGGAGAACGACGUCAAGAAGUGUCUGCAGCACCUGCUCUACUACGGACUCAUCAAAAUGAUCGACACUUUCGCCGUGAGUGAGCCAACCAAACCACUCACCCACAGGUGUCAGUCAUGUGUUUCAUGCUGGCCGGCUGCAGAUGACCAACAUAUAUCGUUUGAAUGCCCAUAGCUUCCUGACGUGCUUCGCCGACCCCGCCAUACGCAAGCAGGCGCCCGCCUAUGUGGUCGGCGGCCCAUCAGGUGCGCUGCGCGACGGACGAAACCUCAAUCGUGUGUGUUGAUGGAUGCACGGCGAUUUAGAAUGCUCUCUGUCUGUCAUUGCCUACUCAUUUUCGCCACAGUCGAGAAGAGUCUGGCUGCCAAGGGAGGUGCGCACCAAGGCACUAUGCAUUCAUCAGUCCGUCUUUAAUCGAUCCAUGCGUGUGUGUGACCAUGUCUGUCUGUCUGUCAGUUCGUCCCAUCCCGGUGUGUCUGCUGCAGCGCCUCUACUGUGACAUCCGCGAGUCGGGCACUCACGUCAAAACAGGGGUGGGUGGGUAAAAGAACCCACACACACAAUCACCAGGCCAGCCAGACAGACAGGCAGACAUGCACCUGUCCUGUCCUGUGCAUGCCGUUACUUCCUGACAGGAUCUCAACGACUUCUGCAGCCGCAACGCUGCCCUGCUGUCGUCCUACGGCCUGUCGCCCCGGCACCUCAUCGCCUUCGGCCGCAGACACGGAUUCAUCGACCGGGUGCAUGAGUACCCCGUCAUAACAACUGCGGCCAGUGGCGGUGCUGCUGGUGGUGGGGGGGCUGGUGCGAAAGGCGCCAGCACUGGGGUGGGGGAGAGUGACAGCAGGGACUCACGGGCCGCCAAAGUCAAGAGGUAGGUGGGUCAGGGGAGGGAGGAAAGCUGUAUGCGCGCAGGACUGGAUGGUGGAUGUGUGUGUUGGUCGUGGUGUCGCUGACUGCAGUAUGUGUGAGGGUCGGCACCACCUCGACUACAUCCAGACCGUCAUGGGAAUGGACAGACAGGUGUGAAUGCACACACACACACAUCCAUGGAUGCCAUAUGGACUUACUGAGUGAGACACUGAGGACGGACGUGUGUGGUCAUCAGGGUGUGAUGGAUCUGCUGGAUGCCGUCAAGAGGGCCGACCCCUCCAUGUCACUGGUGUGGAUUCGGGCGUAGAUUGUACAGACAGAUGGAUGGAUGAAUGGAUGGUAUGGUGCCAUCAUUGUGUGUGUGUAUAGUAGAGUCAGUGCUGUCUCUGUGAUGCACGUAAAGACAGACGAGUGGACGACACGUGCAUUGCAUUGCUGGACUUACAUAAUACGCCGUGAACAAGGCAGCCUUGCACGCCAGC